AAAAAAAAUAUAAGAAAUUGGAAAUUUUUCUGAAAAAAAAAAUGGAGUCAAUUAAACCGUGCCCAAUUUUCGAAUUCAAUGACAACCAAUUGUUGAACGUUCGGAAAUGUUUCGGUUAUGACGAUAUCAAUAGGUUGAAACAAGAUAUAGAUCAGUUGGAAGAUUGGAUUAAAAAGCAGCCGCACUUCAGGGUCAAAGAAUUUGAUCGAGACUUUUUGGAGCGCUACCUCAUCUACAAUAAAGGGUCUAUCGAAAGGGCUAAGAAGCGCUUUGACAAACUUUGUACCUUCACCGGUAUGAUGCCUGAGUUUCUUCAGAAUUACGACAUUAGGAAUGAAUUUGUGCCUCAUAAUAAUGUUUGCAUGACAUGCGUUCUACCGAAGCCAACUCCUGACAAUUAUCGCGUAGUGGUGAGCGUUCUGACAGGAGUACAUGACAACAAGUUUGAACUUAUUUCAUACUACCGGUAUCUUAUUGUGUUUGGCCACUACAUGCUACAACAUGACUAUUGCAACGGUUACGAGAUAAUUGGUGACACCCGGAAUAUCCAAAUGGGAACUGUCAAGACUAUGAACCCUAUCAUUGUUCACAAAGCUCUUAAUCUUGUCAUUGAAGCUUUAGGCCAGCGAAUGAAGAAGAUACAUUUUUUAAGUGGGUCCAAAUUCUUCGAUACGCUUAUCACAAUUAUCAAGCAAGGUCUUAGUCAAAAACUAUCUCAAAGAUUGAUCAUACAUGAUAGUGUUGAGUCUUUGUAUGAACAUAUACAAAGAGAGCAUUUGCCGAAGGAUCUUGGGGGAGAUGAGAAGAGCGUGAAGGAAUUGACUGAAAUGGACUUCAAAGAAAUAAGCUCGGAUGAGCACAUUGAAAGAGUGAAAUACAUGGAACAGGCUUCGACUGAUGAAUCUCUUCGGAAUUCAGCUACUUUCAAUGAAGAGUAUUCAGGCAUGCCUGGAUCUUUCAAAACUUUGUGUGUGGAUUAGAAAAAAAAAAACGGGCGACUUGAGAACCUCCACCUUUUUUGAAGUCGGUUAAAAAUUGGUCGUUUUGUGUUGUUUUGGUUUUAGGGGUUUUGGAAGCAGUUGUUUAAUUUAUUUGUUUGGAUAAUAAUGGUGUUAUUAUAAAAAAGUUCUAA